AUGGCAGGAACCAGUCUGGGGGCUUUCCUCUACCGACAGGUUAAGAAAAAUCCGGGGCUUAUCCCCAUGAUUGGCUUCAUCUGCCUGGGUAUGGGCAGCGCCGGACUUUACCUGCUGCGACUUGCCUUGCGCAGCCCAGAUGUUUGCUGGGAUCGAAAGAACAACCCAGAGCCCUGGAACCGCUUGAGCCCUAAUGACCAAUACAAGUUCCUCGCAGUUUCAACAGACUAUAAGAAACUGAAGAAGGACCGACCAGAUUUCUAA